CAUUGCGGCUUAGGCAUCGUGUAGUAUCAGUACCAAUCAUCAUGGAAGGCAGUUCUUUAUUGUCUAACAUGACAAAUGUUACGACAGAAUUACCCAAUUCAUCUCGCGAUGAAAAACUUGCAUCUAUCGAGAUCGGUACACUCUCGUUCAUCCUAUUGUUGGCCGUCACGAGCAAUUUGACAAUGUUAAUCGCGAUAUGGCGUCAACGUCGCAAUCGCCCAUUAUCUCGCAUGUAUUUCUUCAUGAUGCAUUUAAGCCUGGCAGAUUUAUUGGUAGCGCUUUUCAACAUUUUGCCACAAUUGGCAUGGGACAUAACCUAUCGAUUUCACGGCGGUGAUGUUCUCUGCAGAUUCGUCAAAUACACGCAGAUUAUGACGCUCUACCUCAGCACGUACAUCCUGAUGUUCAUGGCCGUUGACCGAUACCGAGCCGUGUGUUGUCGUAAUUUACACUGGAAUUCGCUUAAAGUGGCCAAGUGUUUCGUGGCUGCAUCUUGGGUGCUAUCUGUACUAUUCGCCAUUCCUCAGGCCAUUAUUUUCCAUGAGGAGGAGAUCAGCGAAGGCGUGACCGAUUGUUGGGUUCAGUUUGUCGAGCCAUGGGGAGCCAAGGCGUACGUCACUUGGUUCGUCGUGUCCAUUUUCGGAGCCCCACUUCUGGUCAUCGGCGUUUGUUACGGUGUCAUCUGCCGACAGAUUUGGAUUUAUAGCCAAAGUGCUCAACCUUCACUUUUGCCAUCAGACAAUUCCGCAAUUCCAUCGCAUUCGUCCAUUACCGAAACCGGAUCUACGUUGUCCGUCAUGAGGCGUUGGUUCAUAAGAGCUGGCAUGCGCUGGCAAAAAUCACGGACUUCGAGUAAUGCCAUAAAAGAUAAUUCGGCGAUGGCAUCACAAUUAUCAGACACCAUUCCCAUGCGUAGUUUAGCCAUUCAGCCAGCGAGCCAUCCGCUUCCCGCGGAGAAUAAAAUGAGCCGGAUGCUUCCGCAGCCUCCACCUGCUGCACCUCAGCGCUGCCAACAGAUGUCCCUGCGGCGUUCCAACAGCAAUCGCAUCACGAAAGCCAAGAUGAAGACAAUCAAGUUGACACUAGCCGUCGUUUUAUGUUUUGUAGCGUGCUGGGCACCUUUUUGCAUUACCCAACUUAUCAUGGUCUACUGUCCACCUACCAAUCAAGCAGACAUUAGCCCAGUAGCUGUUAUUAUUCUUCUACUAGCUUCAUUAAAUUCCUGUUCCAACCCGUGGAUUUACCUUGCAUUCAGUGGCAGUCUUCUCAACCAAAUGAGGGUAUGUUUGGGAUUACGUUGGCUUCGUGGACAGGACAAGGACAGCAUUGGUGAAGACGAUCGUCGGGGAGCAGCAGGCCCAGCUGGGGGUCAACCUGCCGACACGAACCAUCGGUUUGGCAGAGGACCGAGACGUACCCAAACUCGUGACCAGCACCGUCAAGCCGUGGCUGAACAGCAGCUUUUACCGGCCGAUGGGCAGCUUCCAGCAGUGCUGGCCACCAAAUGCACUCGUGCAGAUAUUGUAACUCAAUUAGGUAACACCAAAAAACUACAGUUUCAACAAAACCAUUAACACGUGAAGCGAAUUGUCUGGAAGAGGGAAAGCUUUCCCGGUGAACCCUUGUGUGUCGUGCAAAUAAGAAAAAAAAACAAGAAGGACGCAGUCCAUGCUGGUUGGACGUUUUACCCACUUCAAAAGGAAAACAUGAAAUACCUUUCAGUGUUCGCGUUUUUGGAACGCGUCCUAAUUUUUCAAUGUGUGUGUUUAUUUAUGGUUGUGACUGCUGCUCUGACGCAGAGAUCUCAUCCGUUUUUCGCUGUGUUUUUCUUAUGGUGUAUGUACGCGGCGUACAAUAACAACAAAACCAAACAAGGCGUCCCACAUGUCUUUUUAACGUUGAAAACCAUUGCAAUGUCACGUCAUACAUUCGUUGGCAUACCGUGGCUUGUGUCUACUAAUCUUCUUUAACCAACAUUUUCCCUUUCUCCAGCAGAAGCCCUCAUGGGAAGCAGACUGAAACAUGCUGUGUCUGUUAAGUCUGUCUUUCACAGUUUGUCUUGUGUUUUCUUCCCAUUUCUACUUUUGUUUUGUUAG